UUAAGGUUAAUGUUCAUUCGGACAUUCGGUUCGAUUUCUUAAUUGAGAAAAUGAUUGUUAAGAAUGAAAAAAAUUCCCGGUUAAAUUUAGACUGACCAUUAAACGAUUGUGUGUUUAUCCUUGAGGCUUAGAUGAAGCUAAAAGUAGAAAGUAAGAGAAGGAAAAAAAGUGAUGAAGAUAAAGAUGAUUCGAAAAGAAAGAGAAAGAGAAAGAGAGAGAGAUGAGAGAAGCCCUUUCCAGUGAGAAGAGAGAGUAGAGGGAGAGGAGAAUCUACAUGAAGUGACCAAGAAAGUGACCGUUGAUUAAGGGGACGCAACCGAACUCGGGGUUUCCUUUUUGGCCUAAAUUCAAUUUCGGGUCAGAAUCUCUCCCACUUUAUAUAAAAAGAUUUCGCAUCGAAGGUCAUUACUUUAUUGCCCUUCGUUAUUCUCAAUCCAUCAGUUGCUCAUCACAAUCAAAUUCACAUUUCGUUUCAGUGUCACUUGAGUUUUGUGUGUGUUCUGAGGUCAUUACAUUGGAUUUAAUUCCCUAUUAAUUGUUCAUCAUCAUCUAUUCGAGCUUCCAAUCCAAGUCUAGAAUUAUGAAUCGUCAAAUCGCAAAUAUUUUCUUCGCGUUUUUAAUCGCGUCAACAUUUUACCACGAUUUCGCUGUUGCCUCGCGUUUGAAGAAGAAAAUCCUUCUGAAAGGAUUAAUCGGCGCUGGAUUACUAGUUAAAUACCUUAAGCCAAAGAAAGGAAUACUUCCUAUUCCUCUUCCAAUGCCAUUGCCAAUUCCAAUUGAAUGGGAACAACCACCAAUAAUCGUCCACCCAAAGCAUCACCAUGUUCCGAUUCCUCAACCAGUACCAAUGCCCGUUCAUACUCCAGUUCAUGUUCCAAUCCAUCAUCACUCCAAAUAUCUAGUAUCUGAUAGCUUCCAAUCACCAGAGUAUCCCAGUUACAGUGGUUCAAGUCCUUUAGCAAGUUACAGUAGCUCGAGCUAUGGAAACAGUUAUAAUGGCAAUAACUAUGGAAACUCCUACGGAAACAGUUAUGGUGGAAGUAGCUAUGGAGGAAACUAUGGAGGAAACUAUGGAAGUCUCGAUGAAGGUUAUGGUGGAUCCGAUGGAUAUGGAGGGUCUGAUGGUUUCGGCGAGUCUAGUGGUUAUGGCGAUGACAAUGGUUACUAGUUAAUCAUGAUUUCUAAUCAAUAAACUGUUAUCCAUUUGUUCAAUCAUCUUUACAUCUCAUCUCAUCAUCUCUUGACCACCGUUGCCAAUCAUAUACACUUUUGCCAUCUUCAACCUUACCACCAAGUCCAUCAUCUUCAUCGUCUAAAGCCAAUUAAAUUAAACCUCAUCUUCAUCAUCAAUGUAACCCCACCAUUAUUAUGAUUUAUUAAAAUCAAUAAAUACACAUACGAAAUGAUUAA